UGUAUGGUGCCCGAUCCCUUUCCUAAAAUGUUUCCAAAAGUCUUGCUAGAGGCAGAAUAAAAUCGCGGGCUUGGCCCGCUUGGCGCAGGCGCCGCUGCCUCCCCUUCCUCCCUCCCUCUGUGCUCCGGAGCAUUGCGGGGAAGACGUCCGCCAUUUAGCAGGAGCUGUCAUAACAAAACAAUGUGCCACUUUUCGUCGUGAACGUGAUUGGUCCGAAACUGCUGGUCAUGGGCAGUUGUUGAAACAUUUCAAAACACACAGCGACCCUCCAGAAUGCCGAGCACAGACCUGCGACAUUCUCCGUGCCCGUCAGAGGGCGAAAUUGGCUUCGCAACACUUCCUGAGCAGGUGCAUCGAAAAUCUGUGAAGAGAGGGUUUGAUUUCACACUCAUGGUGGUUGGAGAGUCUGGUCUGGGGAAGUCGACUUUGAUCAAUAGCCUUUUUUUGACGGACUUAUACCAAGACAGGAAAAUACCUACUGCAGAAGAAAAAGUGGACAGAACAGUGAACAUUGAAAAGAAGACCAUGGAGAUAGAAGAGAAGGGAGUUCGCUUGAGACUGACUGUUGUUGACACCCCUGGAUUUGGGGAUGCAGUGAACUGCGAAGAAAGCUGGCGCACCAUAGACAAGUACAUCGACGAGCAGUUCAACCAGUUCUUCAAGGAUGAGAGUGGUCUCAACCGAAAGAACAUUGUGGACAACCGCGUCCACUGCUGCCUCUACUUCAUCCCUCCAUGGGGCCACGGUUUACGUCAAUUAGACAUAGAGUUCAUGAAACGGCUCCACCAGAAGGUGAACAUUGUGCCCGUCAUAGCCAAGGCCGACACAUUGACUCCCGCAGAAGUGCGGGCUACCAAAGAGAGGAUCUUGCGAGAACUUGAAGAGAAUGAAGUGACCAUAUACCAGCUUCCAGAAUGCGACAGCGACGAAGAUGAGGACCUCAAGCUACAGGACAAAGAGCUCAAAGGCAGCAUUCCCUUUGCAGUCAUAUCUAGUAGCCAGGUGGUGGAGGCGAAUGGGAGGCGUGUCCGAGGGCGCCUCUACCCGUGGGGCAUUGUCGAAGUGGAGAACCCAAAACAUAGCGAUUUCCUCAAGUUGCGGACCUUUCUUAUUAGAAUAAUCCUUGGUCUCUUCAGCACCCACAUGCAAGACCUCAAAGAAGUGACCAGAGAUGUGCAUUACGAAAACUAUCGUGCGCAGUACAUCCAGAAGAUUUCUCAACAAGCGGCCCACGAGAGAGGAAAAGACAUGGGACCCACGUACGACGGUAUCGGAGAGGCUGACCGUCUGCUCCAAAUCAAGGACGAAGAGAUCCGCCGCAUGCAGGAGAUGCUGAGUCAGAUGCAGGAGAAGCUCCGCGCAACGACCAGCAGGGACACCACGCCGGAAGGUUCCACUCCCGACCGCGUGGACUCGAUUGUCAAUCUCUAAUCCGACGCCUUGGAACUCCAGGGCACCUAUUUAUCUUCCCAUAUAUUAACAGUGCUGGCUGGUGCACAAUACAUUCCAUAUACGCCUCAGCUUGCACUGGGUAGCUAGUCGUCAGCCGAUCUAGGCAUCUCAUAAAGGCAGCAGAUAUCUAUUUAUGCCACCUACCUUAUAUAUGAAGGCGCACAUAUGUAUAUCGAUAUUAUAUUUAUUGACCCGUGGAAUUGUCUUAAAUAAAAUACUGUCCACACCAGUA